UUUGCUUCACAAAACGCUUAAUGUAUGUAUAGUUUAGCUCACUUGCACUUACCUAUCAAUUUUUAAUACAAAUGUUUCCGAAUAUAAUUCUGCCAUCUAAGGAUAUUGUUGCUCUAUCAAAUUAUUUGAGUAUUCUAUUCAUAAUUCUCUUUUUAUUUGUAUCCUCUUUCCUACUACUCAGACUUUGGCAACACGAGGGAAUUAUUUUGAACAUUAAUAUUGACUCUUCUACUAAAUCACAGUUUAAUAAAUAUCAAAAUUUAUAUAUGCAAUCAAUAAAAUGCCCUUAUAUUGUUAAACUCAAUGAAAACCAGAAUUCAAAUUUUAAUGAUGGCUGUUAUCUAAAAUUUCACAUAGAAUACCCAAAGAUUAUUGUAUGGCCAUUUUGGGGUGUAAAUGCAAAACAAUUAUUUGACUCCCUUAAUCUUCCAUGGGCAAAAUGGUUAGUGAGUCUGAAUAAUAGAACAUUAUUGAAUUGCUAUUAUCAAAGUGAACCUAUUGACCUAGCAAAAAAAAAUUAUGGUUUGGGUGAUGAUAUAACAAACGUUUUGCCAAAUAACAUAUCUUGGGAAGAUAUUUACAUUAAACGACCUAGAAGUGUCAAAAGUGAGAUGUUAGGAUCCGCUCCUAGGUCCUCCUACCCCUUAGUCAUUAUCUGUGAAGCACAUUCAAAUUACUCCAUCGAUUCUUCAGAUUAUCAUUUGAAAUUGCGGGAUCGUACUAAGUCAUCGUCGCCUGAUAAAUCUAGUCUAAAAUAUUCGUCUAAUAAUUAUAACGACAAUGCCAUGCGCAAUCAUUCUUAUCAAGAUCAAUAUUGGGAUACUUCUAAAAAUAUGGCGAAAACGGCUUCGCUAAUUACCGUUCUUCAUUUAUACGACUCACUUAGUACGCAAUCAUCAACUAUUCUUGCUCAAUAUCUAAAAAUGUGUAACGGGACUGUAUAUAUUUUACAACAAUUAUAUAUGAAUCCAGACUCGGGCUUGAACGAUAACGGGAAACUAGAGUGCGAUUUAAAAUACGCCGACGACAACUUAUCGAGUGAAUCUUACUCGAAAGCUCCAAGUAUUUGCGUAAUUUGCAAUGAGAACCCUUCCGACCACGUUAUAUUACCCUGCCGCCAUGUAUGCACAUGUAAAACAUGUUUUUCUAAAUUAGACAAAUGCCCUAUGUGCAGGGGUCCGCUUAUAUCUUUUUGGAUACUCAAAUAAUAUGUUUUUUAUAUAUAUAAAAUCAAAAGCUUUCUCAGAAUGUAUUUUAAAUAGAAUAUUUAUAACUAUCUAUAUUUAAUUUCGUGUAAUUAUUAUAUCAAAGAAAAACAAAAUAUAUUUCAAACGAUUUUUAUUAUAAAAAUUAGUUUUAUACCUGGCGUGAUUUCGAAUAGAACUAUGAUAAUAUAAGUUUAUAAAAUGACACCGGUCCAAAAGGGAACUCUUCUAAUAAUUACUAAAAUAGUUAGUAAGUUCUUUUAUAAUAUAAGUUAAUCGAUCACUCGCUAUUCGAAGAAAUUAAAAAAUAUAUGCAUUAUUUUUAAAAGGAUCUAC